GUGCGACUCAGAUGCUGCUGUUGGCUCGGCGAACAGACCUGCGGCACAUCUCUCUGGACACGCCGGACUUCACCGACAUCAUCCUGCAGGUGGACGACAUCCGGCACGCCAUCGCCAUCGACUACGACCCCGUGGAGGGAUACAUCUACUGGACGGACGACGACGUGAAGGCCAUCCGCCGCUCGCUGCUUGACGGCAGCGACGCACAGUUCGUGGUCACGUCUCAGGUCAACCACCCGGAUGGCAUCGCCGUGGACUGGAUCGCCCGCAACCUUUACUGGACCGAUACUGGGACCGACCGCAUCGAGGUGACGCGACUCAACGGGACAAUGCGCAAGAUCCUGAUCUCCGAAGACCUGGACGAGCCCAGAGCCAUCGUCCUGGACCCCGUGGCGGGUUACAUGUACUGGACCGACUGGGGGGAGGUGCCGAAGAUCGAGCGGGCAGACCUGGACGGGAUGGAGCGUCUGGUGAUGGUCAACACGUCUCUGGGCUGGCCCAACGGCCUCGCCCUCGACUACGAAGAGCGCAGACUCUACUGGGGGGACGCCAAGACGGAUAAGAUCGAG